GUGUGAACUUCCCUGCUAUAAACUCCUCUGUCUCGGUUCUGCUCAUUGCAGUGACUCUGUACACCUGGUGCAAGAUGAGUACAUGUGAAGCCUGCGGGAAAACAGAGAGACAUGGUGUCACGCUACACAGAUUCCCUCAGGAAGAGGAGCAGCUCCAGCACUGGAUCUCCAGCAUGCGGACAGCUGCAGGAUGGAGACCCUCAGAGUUGGCGCUUUUAUGUUCGGAUCAUUUCACCUCCGACUGCUUCCACACUUCAGGACAUUUACACUCCCACGCUGUCCCCUCUGUGUUUCAGUCCACGGAAGAAACAGCUACAGGCACAGAAACUUCAGAACACAAAUUGUGUGAUGGUUGUGAAAAACAACUCCACCUGAUUGAAAAGACAUACAAACUAAAAUUACUUUCAACUCAACUGAAGGUGAAGAAAUACGAAAAGGAGCUGAGUGAGCAGUCCCGCAAGAUGACAAAGCUACAGAGGAAACUGAUCGUUUUACAGACCGCAGUGAAGGUCAUGAGCAUGAGGAAGCUCGCGUCUACACCCAAAAGAUCAGAAUCUUCAUCAAAGGCCACCAGUCUGAUGUAAAACUGGCAUAUGACUGCUGUGAACAACCUACGAGACUAAUGUAUCUAACAAGUAAUGGAAGUUCAUGGCCACCAGUUUAGCAUGGGGUCACAGAGAUUAAAAACAGUUGUAGCUCCAUUUUUCUACCUGAGAUAGGGGGCAUGGCCUAAAAUUUGAAGAAUUCUGAAAAUUUUGAUUGAUGAGGUGCUAAACAGUUAACUAAUCUCUUACUGUAACUAAUCCCUUACUCAUUAAUUGCAUUAGCUAAAAUGAGCUACUUUUAAACUCUAGCUGUGUUAAUGUGCAUUGAGUGAAAAUAACUUGUGAUCAAAGUAAAUCAGACCUUGUUUUCUACUUAGACUACACAAAUCCUAAAUUUGUAAUGAAAAAAAGAUUUCACACAUUUUAACUGUUUAAAAAGUUUUACUUAGAUUUCAGAUGAAUCAAUAAAAAUGUAAAAAUUUCAUAUGUAUAAAACAAAUACACUAACAUAUUGUAGCUUGUUAUUUGAUAUAAUGACAAACAGAUAAAUAAUUAUGGUCUAUAACAAAAGAAAGUGCUCCAAACACAGUUAUUACUGAGUAAAUAGUGUAAUAUAAAAAUGAUAGCACCCAUUGAGGAGAUCUUCAGUCUGAACACUACAGAACUGUGUGCUAAUCGCAUUAAAGGAAAGCUCCACUGUGAAA